CAGUAUACCAAAAACAACCAUACAUUUGUGUGUCAAAGGUAGCAUAACAGUGCGUGAAAUCUCGAUAAGUAUGUCAAUGUAUUUCCUAUUAUGAAAAUAGAAACCAAAGUAGAUUAUGACAUAUUCAUUUUAUGUAGGUGACCUAUUGCAAGGUACUUUUUAAAAUCAAAAAUAUGAAGAUAUAUACUGAAUGUAUUGCUAUAAUUUUUUUCUGUUUGGUGAUAGGGAGUGUCAGGUCCAACAAUGUUAAGCAGAAAGUCAUAAUAGACACAGAUGCUGGAGCGGAUGACGCCGCUGCUAUACUUCUAAUCCUUAAAUCGAAACCUAAAGAAUUCGAGGUUAUAGCAAUUACUUGUUCAUAUGGGAACACGUACGUGGAUAAUGUAGUAGAAAAUGUACUUAAAAUUUUAACAGUCGCCAACCGAAGUGACAUACCAGUAUAUAAAGGGGUACAAAAAGCAUUAUUAAAGGAGUACAAACCUACCAAUUUCUUUGGCUCUGAUGGCCUUGGAGAUUUUAACUUCACAGAAAAAAUUAUUGCUAAACUGGAUAACACUAAACAUGCAGCAGUAGCACUAGUGGAUUUGGUAAAUCAGUAUCCAGAUGAAAUAACUAUAUUAAGCAUUGGGCCAUCAACAAAUAUUGCUACAGCAGUCGCAUUGGACCCCUUGGUUUUGAAACACUUAAAGAGUCACAUUAUACUAGGUUCAAGUGUCUCUGGCAUUGGUAAUGUUUCACCCAAUGUUGAAUUCAAUUUUGAUCAAGAUCCAGAAAGUAAUUAUAUUGUAUUGAAUAAUACAGCGAUAAGUACAAUAUUUCCAUGGGAAACAGUUAUUAAUAGUGUAUCUGCGGAUUGGCGUAUAAACACACUGGGAAAGAUAAAUUCUACUAUUAUGAAUUUCUUAAAUAAUGCAGAAAGUAAAACUAUAUUAAGGAAUAAUGAAUGGCAUCCAGGAGAUGUAAUGGCAGCUGCAGUUAUGAUAUGGCCAGAGUUAAUAAAAACAUUCAUUAUAAGAAAUGUAAGUCCUGUGGUUGAUGGAAUGGCAAGAGGCACAGUACUUGUGGACUAUACUAAUUCUACUGGCAAACCAAAGAAUGCAAAAAUUAUACAAUCAUUUAACACGACUGCUUUCCAAGAAGUAUUAUUAGAAGCAUUUUCUUAAAUGUAUCAAGUUUGUGCAUGUUUAUUAAAUUUAUCAAAUUUGUAUUAACUAAUGUAUACGUACGAAUGUUUAAA